AUGUUGGGUGAGGUGGUGAACGUUGCUGGCGGCUUAGUCCUCACAGCCUUCUACUACAACUUCACUGCUUUUGAGGUCUACAUAAUGUCGCUCUUCUGGGCCGGGAUCAUCUCGAUUCCCCUCUACCAAGUGAAGAUCAGCAUUAUCGACGUGACCUUCUCUCUCAUGCUGCGAGAGACCUACAGGGUGACACGCGUGAUGGAGACGAACCCUCCACAGGACAGCACGCCAGUCCUGGUGUCGAAGUUGCCCAGGCUCCAUUGGCUCCACGUGGACGAGCCCGAGAGCCGCUCUUUUCAAAAGGCGAUGCCUCUUAUGCCCCGUUCCCGUUCUCGUCUGCAAGGCACCGCCCGGCAGCAGCAGGAGCUCAGGGCCUUUCUUGCCGAGGCAUGCGUAACUUUACUCAGACUCAUGAGCAGCGUGUCCUUCAUCCGCAUACAUCCGCCAAAGCAGAGCGGCCAGGAGCUGAUGUCCUCAAGCGCGCUGCGGCGGGACAUCGAGGAGAAGGGCAAGGAGCCCGUGAGCAGUGAGAGGGUCUUGAAGAACCGUCUUCGAAGCAGGAUGAAGCUUGUCAAUGGCCUCUUCUUCCUGGCGGCUCUCCUGGUGCCACUGGCCGUGAUCUGGGGGCUUCUGGGCGACCAUCCUGGAGGAGGUUUGAAGUUGAGCGCGGCGUUCGCAUGGCACCCCAUCUUGAUGUCCAUCGCCUUCCCGUGCUUGAUGGUGCUCGGUCGAUGGGCCUACGUCACGGACCUCAUUGAAGAGAAGGGGCUGAGGCGUACGCUGCAUGGAAGCAUCAUGGCACUUGCGGCCCUUGUGGCACUGGGAGGCUAUGCUGCCAUGUUCAAGGCCCACUGGCCCAUCAAGCAGUACUUCGGCUACAACUUCACAACGCACGAGUGGACCGUUCCGGCCCGUGUUAUCCAUGAUCUCAUUGGCUAUAGCAUUUUAGCAUUGGUACUGUUCCAAGCGACGAUCGGGAUGGCGAAGAUAGUAAAGUUGCAGAACAAGAUCAAAUCCUUCACUUUUCACGGCACCCUGGGCAAGGUCAUCAUGAUUCUGUCAGCUGUGAACAUCUUGGUGGCCUGUGUUUUCUGGAAAUGGACUGCAGGAUACAAGAUCCUGGUGGCGGUGCUCGCCGUAGCUGCGACGGCUUUGGGGGUACUGACCCCCUCUGCACCCAAACAUGACGAGCAUGUCCGCGAUACCAUGAUCUGA